UGUAUCAUUAGUUAAGAUCCUACAGUCACAGCAUCAGUAACAGCUUCUACUAGUAACAAAAUCCAACAAUGACAUUUUCAAAAAUCUAUUCUGGAAUCGGAGCAGUACUUCUGUUUGUCGUUUGCUUGGCAAUAAUGGAUUUUUCAGUUGGGGAACAAAGGAUGUGUGGCCAAGGAUUGAGAAAAACCAUGGAAAUGAUGUGUCCAAACGGUUUUGGAGGAUACAAAAUAAAAAAACGAAGCGGAUUAAAUCUUGAUGAAGACUUUAGUAUCGAAAACACAGACGAAGACUUCAAUUUUGGCUUGAGUCUUGAUAUGUUACCAUUCUUGACAAGCAUGGAAAAUAGCGGUUUAGCAAAGAUCCGGCGACGCAGACACGGAGUUGCACAUGAAUGCUGUGAUAAGCCUUGCAAAAUGAGUGAAUUGUUAUCUUAUUGUCUUUAAUUGUUUAUUCUUAUUUGCGACUCUGGAUAAUGUGACUGGAUGUAUAGUUUACAUAUAAAAAUGCGAUCUUAAUUUGAAUUCUAAA